GCGGCUGGCCCCCUUUCAAUGUGAUUUGCGAUCCCCGCUCCAAGCAAGUCGUGCUCAUCAACUCCGGCCGCUGUGUUUCGCUUUCACUGCUCUCUGAACGUUGAUAACCUUGCUUUGUGUUCGAGCACAGAUAGGCACCGGGGACGGCGUCGCUGACGUGAAGCCGUGAGGACGAGGACAAGCAACAGCAUCGACGCAACAGAUAUCUAUCCGGCCCCUCUGCUCCAUCGCUUCGGCCCUCCCCUUGCUCUGGGGCGCGCGCUGCUGACGCCCGCGGAACGGAUUCCCCCCCGCAUUGAGCUCGCUCGCUCGGCCAAAAUAUCCGUCUAGCCUCUACGUUAUCGUCAUUACCACCAUCACCAGCGUCGUCAAAUCCCCAUGCCCGCGCCGCCCCGGCUCUGAUCAAGCCGCCACACACGCGACUGGCUGCCACUGCCACUGCACGAACCAUCGACGAUGCGCGUCAUGCCCAUCAUCCGCAGCAGGACCGGCUGCUUCACCUGUCGCCGGCGCAAGAAGAAGUGCAACGAGGAGAAGCCCAUGUGCAGCGGCUGCAGGCGCAACAAGCUCGACUGCCGCUGGCCGACAGAGGCAGCCGCCCCGUCGUCCUCGUCGCUCUCCGUCUCUUCUCCCUCCUGCUCUGCCGUCGGCAAGAACCAGCUGCCGUCUCCUACAGAGAGCAUACAUGUAUCCGCCGCCCAGCGCAUGGAGCGGCACGCCAUCAUCGCGGCGUCGAUGAGCCCCGAGCAGCCCCGACGGCCGCAUCUACCACCACAGCACCCGCAAGAACACGAACGCAGGCAGUCCCGGCAAGAACAACACCACCUGUCGCCUCGUCUGCAGCGCAUCGAGCCCGCGCCGGAGCCGGUUCCGACUCCCGCUGCCGUUCAGCCGGAGGAGGCCCAGACCCCCCGUGAUUUCUUCCAGGUUCCCCCCACCGAGCCCGGGCCGGGGGAGAUGGACCUCGACCUCGACGACGGCGACGUCGAGGACGUGUCGCAGGACGUCGACCGGAGAUCGUCGUCGACAUCUUCACACUCUACGUCGUCCCUCGAAAGCCUGCCGCUGCAGUCGGGCUUCCUCGACGACGCAGUCAGCGACCUCGCCCUCGUCAGCUCCGGACUCCUCUUUGACGACUCCUCCGGCCUGCAGCAAGACAGCGGCGGAGGCGGCAUCGCCAUGCCCAUGCCGCUGCUCCCGACGACGCACGGCCACAGCUCAUACGAGCUGCUCAGCUACUACCUCUCCCGGACGGCCAACAGCAUGGGCAACGGCUCCACCGACGUCAAUCCCUUCGUCGCCAAGCUCGUCCCGCUCGCCUUCUCCAACCCGCUCGUGCUGCAGCUGAUACUGGCUCAGAGCGCGGCGCACCGCCAGGCGUCCAAGGAGCCCGACGCGAGCAACGAGGUGGCCCAGCGCUACUACACGGACUCGCUGCGCAUGUUUCGAAACGUGGUCGGCGAGUAUGUGGGCGGCAAGGACGAGAACACGCUCACGCUGACGGUCGGGAGCCUGAUACUUUGUCUCACAGAGGUUGCUCGCGGUGACAUCCACGGCACCAUCUUUGACCACCUCACGGCCUCAAAGUCCCUUCUGACAGUGCUCCUCAGCCGGGCCAAGGCCUACACCGACGACGACCUCCCCGACUUCCUCGUCGAGUACUACAUGCACACGGCGGCCUCGAGCAUGAUCUCGACCGACUUUCGGCAGUCGAACCACUCCCUGCUCAGCCCGCACAUCGAGGGCGCGGCCAGGAUGCUGGUCAACCGCAAGUACAUCGGCCAGCUCUGCGGCUGCUGGCUCGAGCUCCUCCUGCUCAUCCCGCAGGUGUUUCAGCUGGGGCAGAGCAUCAUGGGCGAAGCCGACGGCGGCGAGCAGCAGCAGCGGCCGCCGCCCCCUUCCACCGACGACAUCAUCUCCUUUGGCUUUCUCCAGUCGCAGAUCCUGGCCUUUUUCCCUUCACCGGUCGCCAGCCCGUACAGCCAGCUCGCCGGCCUCGUCUGGAAGCAGGGCGUGCUGCUGUACCUGUGGACCAUUCUCGGCACGCCGCAGGCAUCAUCGUCAUCGUCGUCGUCGCUCGGCGGCGGCAGCAGCAGCAGCAGCAGCGCGCACCGGGACCUCAUGGACGGCGCCAUCGCCGAGGCCAUCACCGCGCUGAGCCAGUUCCCGGCGUCGGUGCGCGUCAACACGAGCCUCUGCUGGCCGCUCGCCGUCAUCGGCUGCUGCACCGCGGACCCGGGCGUGCAGGAGAUUCUGCGCGCCCGCCUGCAGACCAUGAUUGACACCAUCGGCCUGGGCAACAUGCGCGAGACGCUGGUGCUGCUGGAGCGCGUGUGGAGGCAGCCCGUCGAGGAGACGAGCCCGUGGACGCUGUACAGGACGAUGCAGGACCACCAGAUAUGGAUAUCCUUUGCGUGAAAUGAGCGACUACUGGCAAUGCUUUGAGACGAAUUGAAGACACGAAAGCGAGACGGGACCGAGUCACCGAUACAUUGGCUGGUUAUGAAGGCACUGGGCUUCGUUCGGAGGAAGCGGUGGCUGCCGCGGAUUCGCAGCAACGAACGAGCCAGCGGCGAGAAACAUAAACACCUGAGGGAGUGUUGCUAUCUGUACGGUGUCACACGAAGCACCGCGCCGGUUCAAAGGGUGGCGUGACGCAGAUGAACGGGCACGCGUAUGGGCUGGAAGGCAUUUACACCCAUAUAUAUACGGCGAGAUCUCUGCUCGCCUCGACGACAUCUAGGGAGUUUCUAUUGCGGCAACACAUCCACGACCACGAUCACCGAGCGAGUUAAAAACCCCUGGACCAAACACGCCAGUCACUCCCUCCCACUACGCUCUCGUCGCCAGCAGAAACUCCCAAAUCUUGGUAGCCAUGAGCACGCCGUCGUGCUGCCGCUGCGCCCUCGACGUCCCGUCCGCAAACAUGUCGUCGGUGAAGAUGCCCUGGUCGCGCCUCGUCUUGAGGAUCUCAUCCAUGAUGAAGCCGUCGAACUCGGGGUGCGCCUGGAAGGAGAUGACGUGGCCGGGCUUGUACAGGCCUUGGAUGGCGCAGCUCGGGCUGCGGCCGAGGUUGACGAGCCCCUGGGGGACUUCGAGGACCGCGUCGCGGUGCAUUUGGUGGAGGGACUGCCGGCACAGGGGCAACAACAAGGGUAGCGCCAACUGGUCAGCACAUGAUCUGUGUGGGCGGCUCACGCAUGCCGACUGAUGGGGGGUCUUCUCUGGGGGACGUGGGGCUUGUGAGAGGGAAGGUAGAGGUCGUCGGUCAGUCUUACCAAGGACGAGACACCGAGGAUCUUACGGCCCUCGUCUGUGGCUUCGAUCUUGUCCACCGAGAGCUCCCACCCGCCGGGACUCUUGCCGACCGCGGCGCCCAGCGCGCGGCCGAUGAUCUGGUGGCCGAAGCAGAUGCCGACGACGGGCUUGCUGCUAGUCUCGAGGAAGGACUUUACGUAUGCGACGAGCGCGACGAUCCACGCGUCGUCGGCAAACGCCGUGUGCUCUGUGUAUGCGUACGUUGAGUGUCAGUUAGAUCGAUGGAUGACAGACACCCAUACAUGAAUGAAUGAAUGAGUGAAAGGGAAAAUGGCAAGAGCAGGUACGCAGGCAAAAAAAUAAAUCAAUAAAUAAAAAUGGCAACGUAAAUCCAAGGAGGAGAAAGAUGCAGUGCAUAAGAUAGAUAGCUGAGCGGAUUGAUGGAUGGAUCAAUGGACGCAACAACGUACUGCUCCCCGUCAAGAGAAUGCCAUCCACGUCCUCCGCCUUGGGAUACUCGCGUGACC